UCAAUUUAUUUUUUUUUAUAGAUUAUUAUCCAAACAAAACAAUUUCCACAUUCAAACAACAAAUAGAGAGAAGAAAAAAAAAGAGAAAACAAAUUAAAGGUCCUUUUGGGUAUUUUUGCCCUCAUAUCAUAUAUAAUUUCUUGAUUUCCUCAUUUAUUUGUUCUUUCAUAUAUGCAUGUUAUUUUUUUUGCAUGCAUAUAUAAAUACACAAAAAAAAUAGUUGAAGGAGACAUUAAUGGGGAAUAUUACAAUUAGAAGGAGAUAGAAAAAGUUUAUUACUUUUUUCAUAUUUCUCCUUCUUUUUUCUGCAUGGCUUGUGCAUUUAUCUGAAAAGGCAAGGAAAUUAAUAUUUCUCAUUGGUGUGGUCCUUCUAUCAUUUCUGAGCAAAGUAUUAUUGGCCUUUUGGGCUUUUACAUUAUAUACAAUGGCAAUCAAAGUGAAGGGGAUUUGCAAAUAUAUCUCAAAUAUUUUUGUUGUUAAGGAGAGGGAGUUGGAGAUUGGAGGUCCAACUGAUGUUAAACAUGUGGCACAUAUUGGUUGGGAAGGUCCCUCUGGAGGUGCACCUACUUGGAUGAAAUCAUUCAAGGCAGGACCUGAAUUUUCAGUAACUUCUAGUGGUAAAUCUCAAGGUUGUGGUGAGACGACGAAGCAACUAACAACAACUAGCAUUCACAAGGACAUGAAAACUUCAGAUGUUACUAGUCCUCCUAAGAAACAAAAAAGGAGGAAGCCUAAAUCAACUUCCUCUCCAAAAUCGAGUUCACCAUCCACGUUAAGGUCUUCGCGAACAACUAAACACAAGGCUAAAUCUGUUGAAGGCAAUCACACACCAACACCCCUAGAAAUGGUUUAAUGUGUUGCAAGCAAAAAUAAAAUGUCAAGUUCAAAAUGCACCAAAAAAAAAAACAAUGACAUUUUGCAUGUAUUAUAGUUGAAGAGGGGUAGAAAGUAAGUAAAAUGUAGAGGGUGGGAACAUAGAAAUGUUGAUUUAAGAAAUAUGGAAGAUGAAAUUUAAUAGGAGGGGCUAGAGAUCUCAAACACAAAGGUGAAAAAUUUAAUUGUACUAAAAAAAAAGCUUGGUGUUUUGAGAGGUUAAAAAAUACUAGAAUUUCUGUUCCUUUAUUCUAUUCACUUUUUUUUUCUUUUGUUUUAUAUAUUUUUCUUAUUUAGUUGUAAUGUAAGGAAGGAUCUUGUAAGGAGUUUGGAUCAUUUAGUUGUGCUAAUGCUAAUAGUUAUUUACGUAUGCA